UGAAUCGUUCCUCCUCAGCAUUAAGCAAAUCACCAACAGAAGAUGCUUUCGCCUGAUUUGCCAAAUGCCUUCGGCUGUUCAGAACGUACGACAACUCAUCCAGUACCCAGUUCCAUAUCACAAUUUGUUCGAUCGUACGACUAUGAAACUGAGACGAGCCUCCUAGACGCCAUUCCUGAUAGAGAGUGGCGACUGUUGGCCGCUCUUGCAAGGAAGCGAGCUGAAGAUGAUGAGCAGGAGAAGCUGGCCGACGAGUUCCAUAAACUAUGGCAGAAGGAAAAAGAAGAAAGAGAAAUUGUGGAAGCCGAAACUAUGCACGAGUACAAACGCUAUAUAAUCAUGAAGCGGCGCGAGGAAAAGGCUCGACAAGAGUUCAUGCGACACCAGAAAUUCAUGGAGGCUCUCCUGAGGCAGCGGGAACUGAUGGACAGCAUCAAGUGCAAGGAACAUCGCAGUGCCGUCCUGCGAGCUUAUCUUGACGACAAGAAGACAAGUCUACUCGUGGACAAGGCUCUAGAAGAAGAAGCUAGGGCACAGCUGGCCGCUGACAGACGCUCCCUCAUCAGCGAAACGGACCAGUUCAGGAAACACGUGGAGUACAUGGACACGCAAAAGAGAGCUGACGACGCUCGUAAACGACGGACUGCUAUGUUGAAGGAUGCUUCUCAGAAAGUAGCAAUACAAAACGCUCUGAGUUCGUGGGAGUCUGCGGUUCUUCGGCAAGAGCUAACAGCCAUGGACGCCGCGCGUCGGGCAAACCACGCUGCGCAUGCGGCAUUGACAGACGCGCGGAGUGUGCGUCUAAUGCGCAUGCGUGACGCUCGGAGACGUCAAGCAAGACGCCUAGCCGUAGUCACUCAACAACUUAGAGAUGCUAUUCGAUAUGGUAAAAACUAAAAACUCAGAAAUGUUGAUAUUUUCUAAGAACUCGUCUGAAAGGGAAUCAAUCCUAAAAUAGAUCAUACCUUACUGUAUAUUUUCGCGCGAAGAAUAGGCAAAAAAAGGUCAUAAAGAAUAUACCAUUCAGUUUCACUAUACUUUUUCUAGGAUUCGAUUAGUACACCAACAAUCAAGUCACUCAUUUCAACUUUACAACUCACUAGCGCCAUCUCGUCAAGCUGUCACCGGCGACCGCUCUCCACUAGCUGCAUUAUAGACCUUAUUUCCAAUGUUUAGAGACAACUUUUAUAUGAACAAAUGUUGUAGGUUUUUCAUAAUAGUUGAUUUAAUUAUGUAUUUAAUUGUAUACCGUUAAACAUAUUAAUUCAGUAACUAAAGGUUAAAUAAGAGGAACGAGUUAAGAAAUGCUUCAGUCUUUAAAGAAGCGUUCUUUCGCCACCGGUAUGUUAAAGACACCAGAUUAAAUAUUUUAAGAUCAAAUUAGAGGUCCAAAAUGUACCAGCGUAAUGUACAAUACUGUAAUACAAAUAUUUAAAUUAAACUAGGUUAAACAAACUGCAUACACACGCUACUUUUUGACGAGAUUCCCCGAUUAGUUUCAAAUUAAACCAGGGUCCAUAAUUUCAAGCAAACGCGUCACACGCCACGUCGCGUUCUUAAGUAAUUCAAUAAACUUAAUGUAAUUAUAUCUCAAGAUAGUUAUACCAUAAAAUAGGUACUAAUCAUUUUUAGAUUAUAUUAUAUUUCGCUAAAUACUUCGUCGCUAAAAUAAAAGUACUAUACGAGAUCUUAGGUUCGUGUUUCGUAUCUUAAACCUUUUAUAAAUAUGUAUUCUAACGCUAAAAUACUCAAACGCCACUC